AUGGAUGAUGACAGCCAGGAUGAGCUGAUCAACAGGAACGCUGCCCUGGGCAAGGGCAAGAGGCCGAGUCUCGUGCUGCUCAGUGACACAGAAAGCAAUGGUGGAAACAGCUGUGAUUCAGAAGAUGAUACUGGAAGUGAGGAGGAAGAAGACAACACUGAGGAGGAGGGAGGUGAGGAGGACAAGGAAGAAAGUGAAGAUGAAGAAUUAGAAGACUGUGAAGACGAUGAGGAAGAAGAGGAAGAGGAGGAAGAAACAGAGGUAGCUGUGGGGGGAGCGACCGACUCGCUGCAGUUAGAGCCAGGCGCGAAGGCAGCGAGCGUUUCCUCUGAUGAGGAUGGAGAAAACUGCCCCAUUUGCCUCAACACCUUCAGGGAUCAGGCUGUUGGCACUCCUGAGAACUGUUCCCAUUACUUCUGCUUGGACUGCAUCGUGGAGUGGUCGAAGAAUGCAAACUCCUGUCCCGUGGAUCGAAUCCUCUUCAAGUACAUCAGCAUUCGGGCACGUUUUGGUGGAAAAGUCCUUAAAAAGAUUCCUGUUGAGAACACGAAGACUCAGGCUGAUGAAGGAGAGGAUGAUCCAACCUUCUGUGAGGUGUGUGGCAGAAGCGACCGGGAGGAUCGCCUGCUGCUGUGUGAUGGCUGUGAUGCAGGGUAUCACAUGGAAUGCCUUAAUCCACCUCUGAGUGAAGUCCCUGUAGACGAGUGGUUCUGUCCAGCCUGUGCUCCCAUGGAUGUCAGUGCUGCUGCAGAUGCAGAUCAGGUCAGUGAAGAGGAGGUGGCUGCCCUGGUGGCUGAUGUUGUGCCCACCACCAGCAGGCUCCGUCCCCAGGCCCGCACGCGGGCGAUCGCCAGAACGCGGCAGAGCGAGCGCGUCCGGGCCACCGUCAACAGGAACAGGAUCAGCACUGCCCAGCGCAUCCAGCACGUGCCAAGGUACCUCAUGUCCUCUCUUCUGGAUGAAACCAUUGAGGCAGUUGUGGCAGGCCUAAACACAGCCAUCUACCAGCGCCCCCUCACACCACGGGCUCCCACCAGGCAGAAGAGGAGAACAGGUAGGAGGAAGAAAGUAGGAGGCAAAAAAAGAACUCAGACAAAAUCUUCUGCUGGGAAGAAGAGUUCAGGGACACAGCUGAAGAGACGGAAGCGCCUGGGAAAGAAGAGACGGGGGAAGAAGAUGAGAGUGAGAUCCCAUGUGAGAGCUGAGGUCUCUGCUCGCUCCCGCAUCGCGAGGACCCUGGGCCUGGGGAAGCCCGUGCGAGGGGCCUCCAUCCCUUCCCUGUACAGACCAGCAGAGCCCUCCCUCAGCCUGCUGAGAGCAGAUGUUGGUGUGGCCUCCCUCUCUGUCUUCGGAGAUCCCUACGAGCUGGACCCUUACGAAAGUAAUGAAGAGGUUCCAGCAAAUCCAGAUUCACCAGUGAGUGCCAAAAGGAGAGUUCUCUCCCAGUCAGCACUGAGGUCUCACCGUCCCGUGGCUAGACCUAUUUCUGUGGGACUUCCCAGAAGCAGUGUACCUGCCUUGAGUCCCGACCAAGAAGCAGAAGCUGCCCCUGUGCCUGACCUGUUGGGAAGUAUCCUGUCUGGGCAGAGCUUGCUCAUGAUGAGCAGUUCAGAUGUGGUCAUCAACAGAGACGGCUCGCUGACGGCCAAGAGGGCAGCCCCACUGCACAGGAAAUCAGGGAAGGACUCGAGAGCGGAGGACGGGUCGGGGCGGAGCCCCCAGCCGAGUCCAGCAGCGCACUCAGGGACCACAGCAGGCAGCUCCAGUGCUGGACCUCCCGUCGCCUCGGGGCCGAGCGCUCCCCCCGGAGCUCCCCCCAGAGCUCCCCCCAGAGCGGGUGGCAGGGCACCUUCCCCCUCGCUGCACAGGGCCCAGCCCACAGCAAGCCCUGCACAGCCAACCUCGGAACAGGCGACGGCCAAGCCGGAGUGCUCGAUGACCCCCAGGUCUGUUCAGACUCAGAGUACAGCUGCGCUGAGCAGGCACGGCUCCAGGCCAGAGCCAGUGCCCAGAUUUAAUGGAAACUCGAAAAACUUUGCACCCACGGACUCACCUUUAAAGCCCCUGAGCUGCAAUAUGAAUUCUGGCUCUAAAGCUGUGACUGUGAGGCAACCAUUAAAACCACCUCUCAAGAGAAUAGACAUCUUUGAGCUUCCCAGGAUACCAAAGAUUAAAAAGGAGCCCAGCAGCAAGCAGGUGGAGCCAGAACCCACGGGAAGCCAAAGCUGUGACAUCCCCAGCUCCUGUGUAACCCAGCUGACGGGCAGGGAGAGCACCAGCCAGCCAGGGAAGGGGGGUGGCAGGGUGGAGAGUCAGAAGUCGAACACCAAGGAGUCUCAGCAACAGACACGUACAAGUGGGACAUCUUUUGCUGCCCACACGAGCUCGUGCGGCAGCUCCUCGCUGCCAGGCUCUUCCAGGAGCAAAGGCCCCAGCUCUUUCGAGAGCUUUAAAAUCAAUAUCCCUGGGAACACAGGGCAGCCCAGCAGACUGUCUCACCCAGGGUUUUGUAACACCUUCCGCCCCGUGGAUGACACGGUGCAACAGAAAGAGAGUCCCUCACCUCUUUUCUCAGUGAAGAAAAAGCAGGUCAAAAGUGAAAUAUACGAUCCCUUCGAGCCCACAGGCUCGGACUCGAGUUCAGCGAGCAGCAGUCCUGAAAGGCUUGGCUCAGGGAUCCCACUGACCAAUAUCACCAGGACCAUUUCCAUUGAAAGCCCAAAGGUUCAGACCUUUCAAACUGUCCGUCGUUUCACCCCUUACAGGGUAGACAAUAUAUUUGGCUCUGAGGCUGACUCUGACGGGCCGUCGGGUGACACGGGCUCCCGUGGCGGGGUGGCAGUCAAGGGCAGGAUUGUAGAGCAGAUCUCUGACACAGAGGAGCCAGACCACGGGGAGGAGGAAGACUUCCCGAGCGGACCUUGCACUUCCUCCGCUGCCAAGCAGAUUUCUAAUGCAGAGUGUCUAAAGGAGGAAAGCAGAGAGGGCCCUAAUGUGUUCUUCAAUGCUGAAGAAUUGAUUAGGCCUAGCACUAUUAACGUGAAGCUGGAACCAGAUAGUCCCUCAAAGAACGAUGGGCAGCAGAAAGGCCCAAAGGUUGAACAGACAGAGAGGCGAUCACGUUCCAGGUCCUGCUCCAACUCCAGCUCCCGAAGCAAGAAGAAGAUGAAGAGGAAAAAGGCACUUGUCAAAGAGCGUAAGAGAUCCCGAUCAGGGUCCAGAGACAGAGCACGCUCAAGGGACAGGAGCUCCAGGUCUACCUCCUGGUCGGGUGGAGAGGAGCACAGCAAAACACACACCUUGAAGCCCAAGAGCAGGAGGUCUUCUACCGACCGCUCCAGCAGUCAUGAGCGGGCUAAAAAAAAGAAAAUGAAGGAUAAAAACAAGGAUAAAAAGACAAAAACGUCUUCGUCCAGGGAGAGGAGGAAAUCCAGGUCACGUUCAGGUAGUCCUGGGAGCACUUCUGAGUUUUAUGAAAACAGGAAGAAGAAAAGACGGUCCCGCUCGAGAUCCAGGCGCAGGGACCGCUCCCGGUCCAACAGCCCCGAGAGGACGAAGAGGAGGAAGCACAGGAGGGAGAAGAGCUACGAGAAGUAUGAUAAGGACAGCAGCCUGAGGUCAAGGGACAGAAAGAGAUCGAGAUCCAGGUCUCGGGAGAGGAGAAAGUGGAGGUCCAGGUCUCGGUCUGCAUCUCGAUCUCGGGAGCACAAAAGCAGCAAGUCAAAGGAAAAGAGACCGCGGUCGAGAUCGCGUUCCAAAGAGAGGAAACGCAGAUCAAAAGAGACCUCUCUUCCUCCUCCUCCAGAAAAGGAUCAAAAGCCUCCAGCUGAAAAUGUGUCCAGGUGUCUGGAGCAACCCCCUUCCUUCAGACCAGAGCCAAAGCAGGAGCUAGUACUCGAAGAGCUUUCCAUAACCAUCCAACCAAAUGUCAAGCAGGAGGAAAUACAGGCUGAGACCCCAGUUCCACUGAGAGAGGCCCAAGAAACUAUAAAAGUAGAACCCAUCUUUCAGGAAGCUGCCAGUGAAACUGCAUUCCCAGUGCCAGAGAUCACAGACGUUUGUGCUCCAGUUGGCAGCGUGGAUUCUCUUACUGAAGCAGAGUUACUGAGCAGCAGUGACCCAGGAGUGCUUGGCAGCUGUAGCAAUACAAACCUGGAGAUUACGGUGAAAAUAGAAAACACCACGUUAUGUCCAUCUCUGAUGGAAGCAGCUCCAAAGAAGGAAGUUAUCAUUCAUGCUCCCGUGGAGGCUGCACCCAUUCAGAGCUCCUCCAAAAGCAAAGCAGCCGACGGUGUGAAGGAGGUUAAAGAUGAGUGCCUUGUGUCAAGUGAGAACAGUUUCAGUAAGCCUGAACUGGAGGUGGUCGCUCAGGGUCCUGCACUGAAAUCAAAAGCACCAGUGAAGAGAGUUACCUGGAAUCUUCAGGAGGAGGAAAGCAGCACGCUGUCUGCUGGGAAGGCUCCAAGGCUGCCAUUUUACAAACUUCAGCGAGCAAAAGAAGGGGCCUGGAAGGCAGAGGACUUGAACCAAACGUUAAAUCAGGUGCAGUUAAAUGAGCCUCCUCCAACCAAUUAUAUGAUUCCUGAGCCUAUGUUUCCUGAUCUAGAUUCCUCUCAGGUUGGUUCCUCUUGCACCCACGUGUCAUGGAAGGCAUCUCACCUCAUCCGUGCCCUCGUUGUGCAACACCCUCCUCUCAUGGCAGUUUGCCUUCCCCUGCGCGUGGCGCAUUCCAUACAGCCCAUACCCCUCAGCAACCUUCUGACCAUCGAGUGUCUCUGCUGGGCCCACAGCUGGAGCAGCACGUUCUUCGUUCUGCUCUGUUCCUGCAGCUCCUGUUGUCGGCAGUGA